AGAAGUACAUUCAGAGCCAACCCUGUUUAAAUAAUCCUUUCUUCUUCCUUUUCUUCAUGGCGGUUUGCUGAUUUCUUCCAGAUUCUCUCCCAGUCUUUCCUCAGCUCAUAUAACAACAUCCAUUUUUAAAAAGAACCCAAUAAAUAAUUACUUAGAUCAGUUGCUUUUCUGGGUCUCCAUCCCCAAAUAGAGACAAAAUAAAGAGACCCACCUUUUUCGAAUCAUUGAUCGAACAGUGGCAAGCAGUUUCCCAAGUUCAAAACCAGAAAAAAGAAACAACCCCUUUUGCCAAAUUCCAAAGUCAAACAACAUACCACUGAUUUUGAUUUAUUUACACUUUUCUUCGAUCGAUUGCUUUCAUUCCAGUGGAGUUUUGAUUGAAGAAAACAGUAAUGGAGAAGGAGCCGCUUCUUUCCCCUCCUCCUCCUUCACUGCAACCACUUUCUUCUUCUCUUCUUUGGUGUCUUUACAUUGGACAUUUCUUGGCCAGAUGGGGUGCUAGGUGUUUGCCCUCCAUUUGUGAUUUUAGAUGAAUCCCAUUGUUUGUUGAGUACAAUGAUUUGAAACCCUGUUUUUGGUUUAGUUUUUUGUUCUGUUUCAUCGUUUUGUUUCGAUGUUGCACGAAUUGCAGAUGGUGUUUGUGUAUUCGUUUCUUUGAUUAGAUUUUCGUUUUGGAAUGUGGGAAUUCUCUGUUGGUCUAUAUAUGAUCAGUGUGUGGCCUAAUUCUCUACUCUUUGCGGCUAUUUAUGGUGUUGUGGAAUCUGCGUCCACUGCUUUCUUUGGUACAAUUGUUGGAGAAUUGGUUGAUAAGUUAGCAUAUGUCAAGGUUCUCAAAAUUUGGCUGGUGACACAAAAUCUUUCAUAUAUUAUUGCUGGAGUGACCGUGGUUGCGUUACUGGUUUUCUCAGAUUUGAAAUCCACCUAUUUCACAGGAUUCAUUUUGCUUGUGAUAUUGACAAAUAUUGCUGGAGCUGUUGCCGUUCUUUCGUCUCUUGCUGGUACUAUCUUAAUUGAAAGAGAAUGGGUGGUGGUGAUAUCAGAACGCCAUCCUCCAGAAGUAUUGACAAAUAUAAACUCUACGAUGAGGCGUAUCGAUCUAGUCUGCAAGCUGCUUAGUCCUGUAAUAUCUGGUUUCAUCAUUAGUUUCAUUUCUUUGAAAGCAUCUGCUGUGACGUUGGCGGUUUGGAAUAUCAUAUCGGUUUGGUUAGAGUAUUGGCUUUUCACAUCAGUAUAUAAUGGGAUUCCGGCUUUGGAAGAAAGCAGCCAAAGAAGGGUUUCAAGACUUGUUUUAAGAGAUGUGGGAGAAAGUAGUUCUGUAUCUCAACAAAUAGAGAGCUUACUUCCAAGCGAUGAUGGACGAUCAGCUGAAAGGAGCUGGAAAGUGAAAAUGUUCAACUGGUUUUCAAAGUUCCCAUUUGUUAGUGCAUGGAAAGUGUAUCUGGAGCAAGAUACCGUACUCCCAGGGAUCGCUCUCGCUGUGUUAUUCUUCACAGUCCUAAGCUUUGGAACUUUAAUGACUGCAACCUUAGAAUGGGAAGGAAUACCUGCCUAUAUCAUUGGAAUUGCACGUGGAAUAAGCGCUACCAUUGGGAUUGCCGCAACACUUGUUUACCCAAUUGUACAGUCUCGAAUUUCUACGCUUCGAACUGGACUCUGGUCGAUUUGGUCUCAGUGGACCUGCUUACUAGUGUGUGUUGUUUCAAUAUGGAUCCAAAACAGUCUCUUGUCAGCAUACAUUCUGAUGAUUGGAGUGGCAGCAUCUCGGCUCGGACUCUGGAUGUUCGAUUUGGCCGUCAUCCAACAAAUGCAGGAUCAAGUCCCUGAAUCCGAUCGAGGCAUCAUCGGGGGCGCCCAAAACGCUCUCCAAUCAACUAUGGACUUGAUGGGAUACAUUAUGGGAGCCGUCAUCUCAAACCCCCAGGACUUCUGGAAGUUGAUUCUGAUAUCGUUCACGGCGGUGACUUUGGCUGCGCUGCUCUACACCGUCCACCUCUACCGCGUUCGAAAGCAUUUGUUUCACUUGGAGAAGCUGGCUGCUUGCUGCUUAAGAUGGCCAUCAGGAUUUACUAUAAAUCCUUCUCUCUACUGAAAGUGAAGAGUGUAGUUUCCCCCAUUUGCUUCCAAUGGGAAAGUGUGUAUAUUGUUUGAUCUUUAAGUCAAUGGCUAGGAAGGGAACUAAUAAAUCAAUCAAAAGCAAGUUAAUAAAUCAUUCAAGUUAAGGUUUAAAAUUACCUGAACCCAAUUCUGAAAAUACAUAGACCUAGGCACAUAAUUGUUGGUUGACUUAAGGCUAUGUUUACUUCCUAACGUAGUAAAUCAAUUGUAAUAAAAAAAGUGGGGUUAAUAUUAUGUAAUCGUAAUGAACUGUAGGUUCAAUAACGAAAUUUGUAAUCUGAUGGUGGAGGUAAGGGUGUUCAAUUCGAUUACAUUUGAAAA